CCCGCCGUCUUCCAGGACCAAAGACCGCUGAGGGCUCCAGUCAUGUCGGCAGCUGCUCCGGGGACCAGCAAGGCGGCCCACAGCGAUGUGGCCCCGAAGAAGAAGAAGGGACCCGGCGCCCUGGCUACAGCUUACCUGGUCAUUUAUAACGUGGUGAUGACAGCGGGGUGGCUGGUGAUAGCUGUAGGUCUGGUCAGAGCUUACCUGGCCAGAGGCAGCUACCAUGGGCUCUACUAUUCCAUAGAGAAGCCACUCAAGUUCUUUCAGACCGGAGCUCUUCUGGAGAUACUGCACUGUGCUGUAGGAAUCGUUCCCUCCUCUGUGGUCCUCACUGGUUUCCAGGUCAUGUCUCGGGUCUUCCUCACCUGGGCCGUCACACACAGUGUCAGGGAGGUGCAGAGCGAGGACAGCGUGCUGCUGUUUGUCACAGCCUGGACCGUGACGGAGAUCAUUCGCUACUCUUUCUACACGUUCAGCCUGCUCAAUCACUUGCCGUACCUCAUCAAAUGGGCAAGGUACACCUUUUUCUUCGUGCUGUAUCCCAUGGGAGUGACCGGGGAGCUGCUGACUAUCUAUGCAGCGCUGCCGUACGUACAGAAGACAGGCCUUUAUUCGGUCACCCUCCCCAACAAGUACAACUUCUCCUUCGACUACCACAGCUUCCUCAUCCUCGUCAUGAUCUCCUACAUUCCCCUCUUCCCCCAGCUUUACUUCCACAUGAUACGACAGAGGAAGAAGGUGCUCGGCCACGUGGAGGAGUACAACAAGGUGGAGUGAUCCCUGCGGCAUUCAGAGGGACCUGAUCAAGGAAAACACACCAAAAAAAAAAAAAAAAAAACAACCAAGAGAAGAGGAACAAAAAAAACAAAAACACGUCCACUUAUCCAAACACUAAGCCCCCAACCAAGUUUUUUCAAAAAACUGCCAGAACUGACCCUGGCAUUACAAUCCCAAAUUUAUCAAGCGACUUUAUUUUUUUAAAGCUGUCGUCUGGGUCGUUUAAGAUGUUCACACAAAAAAAAACACAACAUGAACGAACUGCUUUUUGUUUUUUGUUUUGUUAUUAUUUUUAUUUAUGAACAAACUGCAGUUACUUUUCUUCGGAUACACUCGAGCUGCCGUCUGAACGCUGAACAGAACUCAGUCACAGCAACGCAUUGUACUGAACCACGCACUGAUAGAAUCAAUAACUUCCUUUUUUUAAA